AAAAUGGCAAAAUGAUGGUAUAACGUGUUUGAAGUCUGAUGAUCUUGUAAAACCGUUUUAUGAUCGUGGUAUUGUUGAACUAGUAGAUUUUCUUUGGGAUUUCGAGAGGUAUGGUGAAUUGAAAAGGUGGAACGAUAAUGUGAAACGAAAUAGGGUUGUGUUUUUGAAGAAGGCAAUGAUAAAAGAGGUUGUAGAAAUUGAGGAAAAGAUUAAUAAGGUGUGGAAUAUAAGGCAAAGAGACGAUGAAUCAAUACUAGCGUAUACUUACCGUUAUGAAUCGCUUGUGGUUCUGGUUGAAUCAAUGUGUCCAAUAACGUACGACGAAGCAAAAGAAUGGGCAUUGGAAUUGGAAGCAGAAAUCAAUGAUGGUGGGAUACAAGGAAUAGAAAUAGGAGACUAUGAUGUUAAUGUGAGAAAGAUUGGUGUUGAUGUUAAACAAAUCAAGCAUGGCGCAGUCGUAGUUGAUGGUAAAGUUAAUGAUGAAAUACUUACCAAAUAUAGGGAAA